AUGAGCCUUAUAGGUCACUCCUCCUCCAGUUGCACAGCCUGUUGUCAAACAGUUAUAUCGGAAUAUCGAAACCGUGGAAUGGAGUUCAUACUUGAAGCAAUUAAUUAUCCUACCUACUUAGAAGAUGUAACUGGACUAACCGAGUUAAUGAAAUCAGCCACCAAAUUCUCAUUGGAGACAGAUAAUGAAGAUGAAUUUUGCUGGCUCUCUUCAUCACAUGGAACUGAAGGACCCGUUGGCGAUGCCCUAAAAUGUGAGUUCAAGUUUUCACCUGCUGAUGCAAGUCCACUGAAAAGUAUAUUAGAAUCAGAUUAUAAUAUGGAUCUGAAGGACAAUAUUGAAGGUCUGCCAAUUCUUGAUGGUGACAAAAAAACAUCUCCUUUUGAUAUAAAACUGAGGUGUGAAAUGGAGGUUGAUCUUGACGCAAUUCCUACUUCAUUGUCAACAUUUGGGGAAUCAGAUAUGACGUCGGGUAUUACAGAUGACUUGAUGCCUGAACAAAAAAUACAAGGGCACCAGUUAAAGCAACCAGUUCAGCCCUGCAUAGAAAGAUUAAAAAGCAAAAAUCAAUAA